AUGACCCGGCAUUUCCACUUCUGGUGCGGCCCGGGGCUCAGGUGCCACUUUUACAGUGAGGAGGACGACUUCGGGGACGAGUUCGGCGUCUGCAAAGACUGCCCGUAUGGCACCUUCGGGAUGGACUGCAAGGAGACCUGCCGCUGUCCGCUGGGCGUCUGCGACAGGGUGACUGGCCAGUGCCUGACGUUCCCCUUCUUCCAGCAUCCAGUCACCAAGUCCUCCGACAGACCGGCGUCCCCCGCAGAGCACGACUCGGGGUCCGGAGACGGCAACGCGGUGGCCCGGGACCUGGGGAAAGGGAAUGCCGCCCGGUCUCCCCUCAUGAGAUGGUUAAACCCACGCUGAUCCCCGCGGCCUUUCCCAGGGAAGAUGAUUGUACUGAUCACCCAACACGCAGCCAACAUUUUAAAAACUGUUUAGAUUAUAGCAUAUGGACGUGUAAUUUUUGGAGACCAAGAAUGACUCAGGGCUGGUCCAGGAAAAAAAAAAAAAGUAGGCUACUAACAAUCCGUAAAAUGCAUCUGACUGAACACUUAGGUAUUUGUUAAAUAUUUGAGUGCACAUAGAUUUGUUAAAUAAGUGUUUAUAGUAGUGCUGAAGGACUAAAAAUGCAAUUUAGGUCAUGUAGGCAGGUCAGCUAAAGAGAAAACCAAAGCUGAGGACCACGUGAGUCCACGGUUCUCCGACUCGGAUGUACAUUAACUCUGGGAUCCGGGGCGGAGGGAGAAUUUGGAGCAAGGGGGGGGGGCAGGGGCGUGUGCUAUUUAGGCUUCCUUGUCAUAACAUCAACAGAAUGUCACUGUGCUUCUUUAUACUCUGGGAAAAAUCAAAGCAGUCCCUGAAGAAGUGGGAUGUUCGAAGCCUGUGGGAGCUUGAGCGGCAGCCUUGAAUGGAGGCGGGAUUCCAAGGGCCGCUCAUGUAGCUCCAGUUACUGAAUCUGAAGGAUGCUCUGGGCAGACGUGCCUUCAGGAGUGCCACCUCGGGUCCAGAGGGCUGGGAAGUAGUUUGCCCACUUGGGGGAGUGGGAAGGUAAAUAUUUAUAUAUUUUUGUAAACAAUUGUUAGUACGAGACAACCUCCACGCCUAUAUUUAUCCUGCUCUUGAGGAAAUGAACAUAAUAUUGUUUGUUUAAAAUGGUUAGAAUAAAGAUGUAACUCUAUAGGAUUUUCAAAGAUCCAAGGCAUGGAAAAUUUAUUACUAAUAAUUAUAGUAAUCGUACAGUGAUAAAAUAUAAGAGAAACCUAUAAAAUUUAGUCAGUGGAUUUAUAAAAUGUCAGAAAAUGAGCAACAGAGAGAAUUUAUUUAAAACUGAGUGCAGUGACUUUGAUGAGUUUUAAAUGUAAAGUAGAAAAUGGCUUUAAGGGAGGUUUGGAGAAGAGCCCCUUUUCAGCAGGGAAUGCCAACUUUAAGAUAUAGCUCAUUUUUGUAUUUUUCCCCUUUACAUAUAGUUGAUACGUGGAAUUAGCAGCACUCCUGGGAGGAUCUUAGCACAGACAGCACUGUUGUACUAGAUUUUAGGCAAUAUUUGCAGAAGUAUUUUAUUUGGAGUAAAGACUUAUUUAAGAACUAUUUCGAUAUUUACCUAUGUUUUAUUCUCAAAGUUUGCCAACAGAGUCAUGAAUGUGUCUGGCGAAGGGUCUUUGAAUGUAAACUGGAUAAGCUGUUAGAAUUUGUUUUUAAAGGACAAGUUUAUGAUUGUUCAAUAAAAAAACAAGACAGCU